GUUAUUUUCACAUGUAUUCUAUUAUUUUUGGCAGAUGUGGCAUUGACCAUAUUUGGGAAAGGCGUUUCAAGCCGUGCGUCUUACGUCCCUGUGCGUCACAUCCGUUUCUCCCUUUUCCCGUUCGGUCUCAACAUGGCGCCGAUCAAACAGAGGAGAGUCGCUGCAGGCAAGAAGUCCAGAAAAGCCCCGUCCUGGAAGUUCACCCUGGACCUGACCCACCCAGUGGAGGACGGCAUCCUGGACUCCGCAAACUUUGAAACCUUCCUGAAAGAGCGGAUCAAGGUGAACGGGAAGACGGGGAACCUGGGGAACAUCGUCCAGGUCGGCCGCAUGAAGAACAAGAUCAACGUAACGUCUGAGAAACAGUUCUCCAAGAGGUACCUGAAGUACCUGACCAAGAAGUACCUGAAGAAGAACAACCUGCGGGACUGGCUGAGGGUGGUGGCGUCCGACAAGGAGACGUACGAGCUGCGCUACUUCCAGAUCAGCCAGGAUGACGAAGAGUCUGAGGCAGACGAGUGAAGAGCUGCAGAUUUCUGUGUGCUGGAGAAUAAAAGUGGAGAAGAAAAUAA